CUGAUGACCCUGGGGAUCCUAGCCUUGGUGACAUCGACGGGCUGYGCCUCGGCCAACGCGCUGCAGUCGCUGACGGACGCCAUGCACAUCCCUCACCUGUUCGUGCAGCGCAGCACGGGUGGCUCUCCACGCACGGCGUGCCAGCUCAACCCCAGCCCCGAGGAUGAGGAGUACACGCUGGCCGCGCGCCCRCCCGUGCGCCUCAACGAUGUCAUGCUCAAGCUGGUCACCGAGCUGCGCUGGCAGAAGUUCAUCGUCUUCUACGACAGCGAUUAUGAUAUUCGUGGACUGCAGGGAUUUCUUGAUCAGGCCUCCAGACUGGGACUUGAUGUAUCAUUACAGAAAGUGGACAGGAACAUCAGCAGAGUAUUUUCCAACCUUUUUACCACCAUGAAAACAGAAGAGCUGAACCGCUAUCGAGACACAUUGCGAAGGGCAAUCUUACUCCUCAGCCCACGGGGAGCCCAGACUUUCAUUAAUGAGGCUGUGGAAACCAACCUUGCAUCAAAGGAUAGUCACUGGGUCUAUGUAAAUGAGGAAAUCACUGACAAUGAAAUAUUGGAGCUGGUGCAUAGUGCUCUGGGGAGGAUGACAGUUAUCCGGCAAAUUUUCCCUCUSGCACGGGACAACCAGAGGUGCAUGAGGAACAACCACCGGAUAUCAUCCCUGCUUUGUGAUCCACAAGAAGGCUAUCUUCAGAUGCUGCAGGUUUCCAACCUGUACCUGUAUGACAGUGUGCUCAUGCUGGCCAAUGCUUUCCACAGAAAACUGGAGGACAGGAAAUGGCACAGCAUGGCAAGUCUGAACUGCAUGAGGAAAUCCACCAAACCCUGGAAUGGAGGAAGAUCCAUGCUGGAGACCAUUAAGAAGGGCCAUAUAACUGGGCUGACRGGUGUUAUGGAGUUCAGAGAAGAUGGAGCCAACCCCUAUGUCCAGUUUGAAAUACUGGGCACCAGCUACAGCGAAACGUUUGGCAAAGAUGUGCGGAGGUUGGCGACGUGGGACUCUGAGAAAGGCCUGAACGGCAGCCUCCAAGAGCGACGUCUGGGCAAUGACUUACAAGGAGUGACACUCAAAGUGGUGACUGUCUUGGAAGAACCUUUUGUGAUGGUGGCAGAGAACAUACUUGGGCAGCCAAAACGAUAUAAAGGAUUUUCCAUUGAUGUCCUGGAUGCACUGGCCAAGAAUCUGGGCUUCAAGUAUGAGAUCUAUCAAGCUCCUGAUGGCAAGUAUGGACACCAGCUCCAGAAUAGCUCYUGGAAUGGCAUGAUUGGAGAGCUCAUUAACAAGAGAGCAGACCUGGCCAUCUCGGCCAUCACCAUCACACCCGAGCGGGAGAGCGUMGUGGACUUCAGCAAGCGCUACAUGGACUAUUCCGUGGGGAUCCUGAUCAAAAAGCCCGAGGAGAAAAUCAACAUCUUCUCUCUCUUYGCUCCUUUCGACUUCGCGGUGUGGGCAUGCAUUGCCGCCGCCAUCCCCAUCGUCGGGGUGCUGAUCUUUGUCCUGAACCGGAUCCAGGCGGUGCGAGCGCAGAGYGCGGCCCAGCCCAGCCCCUCGGUGUCCUCCACCCUGCACAGUGCCAUCUGGGUGGUGUACGGAGCCUUUGUCCAGCAAGGGGGUGAAUCCACUGUCAAUUCYGUGGCGAUGCGCAUUGUAAUGGGGAGCUGGUGGCUCUUCACCCUUAUCGUGUGCUCUUCCUACACAGCGAAUUUAGCAGCAUUUCUCACAGUAUCAAGGAUGGAUAAUCCCAUAAGAACAUUUCAGGAUCUGUCCAAACAAAUGGAUAUAUCUUAUGGUACAGUCAGGGACUCAGCAGUGUAUGAAUACUUUAAAGCAAAAGGGACCAACCCCUUGGAGCAGGAUAACACAUUUGCUGAACUCUGGAGGACUAUCAGUAAGAAUAAUGGGGCAGAUAAUUGUGUAUCAAACCCUUCUGAAGGCAUCAGGAAGGCAAAGAAAGGAAAUUACGCUUUCCUGUGGGAUGUGACAGUGGUGGAAUAUGCUGCACUGACAGAUGAUGAAUGCUCUGUGACAGUCAUUGGAAACAGCAUCAGCAGCAAAGGAUAUGGGAUAGCACUCCAGCAUGGAAGCCCCUACAGAGAUAUUUUCUCACAGAGGAUCCUAGAGUUGCAAGAAAGUGGAGAUUUGGAUGUUCUUAAACAGAAGUGGUGGCCACGGAUGGGACGUUGUGACCUGAAUAGCCAUACCAAUGCACAGACAGAUGGGAAGGCACUCAAGCUGCACAGUUUUGCAGGCGUUUUCUGCAUUUUAGCAAUAGGCCUUCUUCUUGCUUGCUUGGUGGCAGCAUUGGAGUUGUGGUGGAACAGCAACCGUUGUCAUCAAGAAACACCGAAAGAGGUCCAUAACUUUUAUUCUUAUCACAAUUAAAAGUAGCAAACACAAAAGAGAGAGCAAGUGGAAGUUGUGGGAUUUUAGGUGCUCUCAUACAAUAAAUUUGAUUUCUUUUGAUUUGCCAUACUAAGCUUUGCAUAUAACUUUUUGGGUGGUUGUUUCUAAGAAAAUAAGAGCAAACGAACAAAAGUGUCUUUUGUGCACAUGGAAGGUGCCAAACUGACAGCCCUGGAGACUAAAGUCCUCUAUUUAUUUGUAGAGCAGAUACAGCAUGGGCAGCAGCAGUGCAAACUUCCCCUCAUUGCCCCACCAAUGUGCCUCAACCCUGACCUGGAGAGACUACCUUUAGGGGUAAGAGAGUGGUUCAGAAACACGCCCUCGGCCACUCUGCUGUGAGUGACGGGGAGGCCAGUCCUGGGCACCCGGCUGUGCCAUCUGUGCUGAUGUUUUCUCUAACCUGAGCCCCAUCCACUGGCUGGGAGAUCCAUGACCAUCCUGUGCAGGCAGCUGCCAGAUGUCUGGUAGCUGCUCUCCUUCAUGGCUGACCUAGGCUGAGUUUGAAGAGGUACAUGAGCAAUUAAAAAUAGAUCAGCUAGUUAAUAAUUGAGUAAGCCAUAUUGCCGUGACACUGUUUAAAUGCUUCCUUUCUUUUGAAGCCAGUUUAAUUUCUAAAAGCAGGAGCCUCUGAGGAAGCUGACCUUCACAUAACAUGUUUUAUCUAGGAAAAUGUCUGAGAAAGUAUUGGGUUUGAUGUUUCCACACACAGCAGCCAGUAAUAGUUAGCAAUGCUAAGAAUAAUCAGUCUGUACUCAGAUCUGUCUUGCAUGAAGCCUGUAUUUGUGUAGAUUGAAUGUUUAACAAACUAACCUCUUGUAAUUUUGGAGACACUGAGGCAUUUUGUAGGUGCUUGCAUCUUGGAACAGAUGUUUGUUACAAGCAAAUAAUAGCAGUGAGCUGCACUACAGCUGGAAAAAAGUACGCAGCCCAUCAAUUCUAAUCUGUUUUUCUCAAGUUGCAGGAGUACCAGACUAAUGGACAUACCUGUAAGCAAUUUUGGCAAAUUGGCAGCAUGGUCAAGUGGGUAUUGGCCUUGCUCAUGGCAGAGGCAUUGAAAUCGGGGAUCUUCAAGGUCCCCUCUAACCCAGAUGGUUCUGUGAUACAAUGAUUUUUCCCUGCUGCCUGGUCGUGGUUGCUCCUUUGUAACCCCAAAGGUGCCCCUACGCUGGUGUUGCAGAGGCCUAAAGCCCAGCAGUAGGUGCUUCACUGCACACCAUGAAAUCCUGCAGGGAGACGGCAGGGAUGCUCUCCAAAGUGUCCUUGUGCUGUCACCUGGUCGUACCAUGUGGUGUGUUCCCCUUCUCUAUGCUCAGGGACUCGCCUUUGUGUAUCUUUGUAGAGUGAGAUGAGAAUAUGACCUAAGGCACUUUCAUGUAGCUAAGGUGAAAUAAUUCACUCUCUUAUUGCAAGGAGUUUUGAAUACUCARUUUCCAUUGCUGAAAAAGAAUCUGYCUUCCUGAAUUUAAGUAUUUCCUUUUUCACCUAUCCCCUUCAUUUCCUUUUUAAUAACUGUAAGAAGGAUUACUGCAUAUCUGUGCCUAUCCCAAACCAUCUUUUCUCCCUUUCCCAUGUUUCUCCUCCUCCCCUUUCCUUCCAGUCUG